CUGCCUGGCCUCAGGAAACAGCAUCCCAUCGUUAGCUAAUUACUGGCAAAUUGGGAAGAGUACUGCUUAUAACAUUGUGCGGGAAACUUGUGAUGCUAUUGCAAAUAUCCUAGGUGCAACCUACCUUUCGCCCCCAACUCAGCAAGAAUACCAAAAUAUUGCUCAGAAAUUUUGGCAGCGAUGGAAUUUGCCCAAUUGUAUUGGAGCCCUUGAUGGGAAGCAUAUAAGAAUUCAAUGUCCAUCAAAUACUGGAUCCCAGUAUUUUAACUACAAACAAUUUUUCAGCAUCGUACUAAUGGCAACAUGCGAUGCAAAUUAUUGCUUUACAUCUAUCCAUGUUGGAGAUUAUGGAUCGCUUCCCGAUAGCAGUGUGUUCAGUGCUACAGAAUUUGGUCAAGCUGUGGAAAAUGAUACUUUAAAUGCACCUCCGCCAUCUGCUUUGCCUGGCACAGAUAUAAUGAUGCCUUACUUUCUUGUAGGAGAUGAGAUUUUUCCCUUAAAGCACAAUUUAAUGCGCCCAUACUCCAAACGAAAUAGACUGACUGACAAUGAGACACAACGAAUCUAUAAUUAUAGACAUUCUCGAGCUCGGCUAGUAAUAGAAAAUGCUUUUGGCAUUUUAACGACAAGGAAUGGUAGAAAAAAUGUGGCGUAUCCUUCGGACUACACUAGCCUUACUCCCAGUGUUCGCGACUCUCUUUGGGAGAGCUCGCUAGACCGCUGCGGUUGGAAGCAGGGCUGA